AUGCACGAAAAUACCCCUAGUCAAGGGAAUAAUGAAAAUGAUGAAAGUGAAGAUAAUAAUAUAGAUGAAGGUACAGCUGAAGAUGAAGUUUUUGAUGGAAGAAAAUAUUAUAAAAUGGUUAUAGAGAAUUUAAUCGACGAGGGACUAUCCACUUUAAAGAGAUUAUACUACAGUGUUGGACAGUCAAUUUAA